UCCCUUAGUAACACAAUGAUUGACAAGAAUAUAUAUGAAAUAAUUAAAGCAGUGUUUCUAUUUCCAUUUUAUUUCACUGAACUGCCUUUGCAUCGUUUGAGUUAUUUUUGAUUCUUUUAUCUUAUUGUCAUAAAACACAUUAUAUAUAGAGUAACUUUACAAGGGUUGUUAUGAGUUUAAGGAGUCUGUGGUUUGCAUGGUCCUCAUUUUAUUGUUAGUGACUCGUGAAGAGAAGGAGUGGUCUUAGUAUUGACUCUCUCUCAAGCCCUCAAAGCCCUCAAAGUCCGUCUCCUUCCUAAGUCUUGACCCCUCAAAGGCCUGGUCUUGUCCUGGUCUUGACCCCUCAAAGGCCUGGUCUUGUCCUGGUCUUGACCCCUCAAAGGCCUGGUAUUGUCUCACUCUCACCCUGCACUCGGAUCUUGGUCCUUGGGACCUGGCCUCUGUGUAGUUGGUCUUCUGGACUAAAGCACUGACGUCUCUGUAGUAUAGCAGCAGGAGAGAAACGGAUCUCUAACAAAACGUUUUUUUAAAUUGCUCGAGACUUCAGGCUGACGAUAAAGAUUCCACAAGCAGAACCAGAACCAAGCAGAAAAAUAUUCUCUCAUUCACCUUUAAGAUGUCUCCACAAAGUGAACAUUUUUCUCUCAUCGGAUGAUUUGAUGGUGAAGAGAAUCUUCACUAUCAGCUCCAACUCCAUCCGAGUGAAUAUCUGACCUCACUUUGCUGUAACUGUGUCCCCGAGCAGGCAGGACCUCCACCCUCCUCCUCCUCACUGAAUUAUUCACCCCAGUUAACCCACAUUCAGACACGAGGGUGCCGGGCGCUGACUUGUUUUAGCUUCGCCUCGCUGACAUUAACCAGACAUUAAGGUCACAUUGCACUGUUCUUCUCACUCUGCUGAAUCUGGAUAUUCUGAAUAAAUUCUAAUUGUGAAUCCUGGACGAUGUUGAGAGUAAAACCCGUGUGACAUGUUUCCAGCAACAUUCUGUGGACAUUUAAUUCACUGAUAAUGAAGAUGACGAAGAAGAGAAGUCUUUUUACAUGAAUCUUUUCUGUUUGAUCUUCCAUGUAAGCGGAUCUUCGGGGCAAAAACCUGAGAUAUCAGGUUUACUCAUCGGACCCGACCCACCUUCACAGCGACGAUGGGAUGCAGGAUGCUCUCUACCUGAGGACCGAGAAGAAGUUGUCACAAGUUCUCGGUGCCUGUGACGCGUUCCCGAAGGACAGUCUUCACGAGGCUGGAUGAAAGCUGAUAUUGAGAUGAAGAAAGACAUUGAGACUCUAAUAGCAGAGGAACGAGCUGAUAUCAUCUUGAAAUAUGCUGCGGGAAGGAAGGGCGGGGUGGAGAUCGACCCCUGGGAAGAUGCAAACUACAGCAUCUACAAAGUCAUGGACCGCUUCGGCUUCAUGCAUGAGGACAAACUACCGGCCCCGACUGCACACGAGGAACAGAGGAAGCAGCUGGAGGUGGAGAGGGCUGAGAAGUGGCUGAAGAUGGCCAAGAAGUGGGACAAAUACAAGAACAGUGACAGGAUGGUGAAACGGGUCUACAAGGGCAUCCCGCAGCAGCUGCGAGGCCGGGCCUGGGCUCUGGUUCUGGACGUGGAGCGAGCAAAGAGGGAGAACGAGGGCAAGUACGAGAGGAUGAAGGAUCAGGCCCGUCUUUACUCGACUGAGAUCAAACAGAUCGACUUGGACAUCAACCGGACCUUCAGGAACCACGUCAUGUUCAUGGAUCGCUUUGGAGUCAAGCAGCAGUCUCUGUUCAAUGUUCUCUCUGCGUACUCAGUCUACAACACAGAGGUGAGCUACUGCCAGGGGAUGAGUCAGAUCGCCGCCCUGUUUCUCAUGUACAUGAACGAGGAGGACGCCUUCUGGGCGCUGUCGCAGCUGCUGACCAAUAAGAGGCACGGCAUGCACGGAUUCUUUGUUCCCGGUUUCCCCAAACUUCAGCGAUUCCAGCUGCAUCACGAUCAGAUCGUCUCCAAACUCAUCCCCAAGCUGAAGAAACAUCUGGACAGAGAGCAGAUGUCUGCAGGGAUUUACUGCACUAAAUGGUUCCUCCAGUGUUUCAUUGACAGAACGCCGUUCACGCUGACGCUCCGCCUGUGGGACAUCUUCAUCCUGGAGGGGGAGAGGCUCCUCACCGCCAUGUCGUACACCAUCCUGAAGAUGCACAAGAAGCGGCUGUUGAAGAUGUCUCUAGAGGACCUCAGAGAGUUCCUCCAGGAGCGCAUUGCUCACACUUUGUUCUACAGCGACGAUGUCGUCAUCGAGCAGCUUCAGGCCUCCAUGGCUGAGCUGAGGAAGCUGAAGCUGGACCUUCCUCCCCCAGGGAAGCCUGACGAGCUGCCUCGGGAGCCUCUGGGACAGGAGCUGCCCCCCCCCCCCGAAGGAAGGCGGUCCUCCUCCAGAGCCGGACUGAGCCCCUGCAUCAUCUCCACACCCCCGGACCAGAGCCCCUCCAAGGAGCCCCAGGACAUCGACACGGGGGACGAGGCCCCGCUGCCGUCUCCGGACCCGACCCCGGCGACCUUCGACGGUUCCCCUAAGACGGGGCCUCCGCCUUACUGGCCCCCGGGGAGAGAAGCGGCCCCCGCGGCCUCGGGCCCGUCCGUGAGUCCGUCCGCGGAGGCGCGACCCGAGGACGGCUGAUCGUGAAGGACUCAUUGGGGGUCAGGUGGUUUAUGACCAGUAUUUGUCUCAGUAUGGUUCAUCAGACACAAGCAAUAAUUCAUCCAGAAUAUGUUGCUGGUUUCAUAACAAACACCCAUUUUGGUUUCUAUGAUUUAAAGUGUCCAACUGGUCUCAUCAGGUCCUGGUUGGACUCACGUGGUCUCACUUAAACUGGGAUCAAACCAGUGCGCUGUCUCCAUCGUGGAGGGAGCGUCUCCUCAUGAUUCCUUUUUUUACUUUUAUUUGUUAAGGCAAAAUGUCAUCUCUUAAAUCUCCCAAUGUUUUUUACCAAAAUGCAUUUGCAACAUUUGCACGGCUCACAAAAUGAUGCAUAAACGACUCUUCUUCUCCACAGGAAGCCGUGAAGAUUAUUUUACUGACCUCAGAAAUCUGUGGUCCUUUCACGAGGGUUUUGGACCCGAUUUAACGGAGCUCAUUAACAGGAAGUGUACAAACCAGUGAAGGAUCUAGUCCACCUUUUCCUAAUCUUUGAAUUUGUCCGUUGAUCAGCCCAGAUGAACUUAGAAGGGAAAGGAUCCCAAACCAAAUCCCUUAAAGUAAUAAUCUGAUCUGAUGUACUGCUUUCACAAUAAGAGCGUGGCAUGUUUGAGGAGGAGGGACGAUGAAGAGGGACAGACUGAAGACACCUCACGUCCAACUAAACAAAGGGUCUGAAUUAGUGUUUUUACUGCAGAGAAGGAAGUUGAUGCCUCACCGUUUACAGUAAAACUUUGUAGUUUUUGUAGAUGAAAAUGUUGCUGAAUCCGUUUUUGUUUUCGGUAACGAUGUCUCGAUGCCUUAUUGGACGCUCACGAUUGUACUCAACAAACCUCCUAAUUUAUUGUUUUCAGCAUCUUAUCAAAACUUCAAUGAUGUUCCGUGUUGUAGAAUUGAAGUGGGAGUGAGACCUCUUCGGGUGGAGCACGGCUCCAUCUCCACCUACGAGGAGGAGGAAGAAUGACGUAGAAGAACAUUUAGAAUUCCUCCUGCAGGCGGCGUGUUGUGAUCAUGUGACAUGCUGUAGUCCUAUGAUAGGACGUCCCGCUGUGACGUCGUGACGCAGAAACUAAAGCGUCGGAUUUUGAAACCUUUGUUUAGAGUUUGAACACGUUGAUUAAACAAUACGAACUUUCCUCAACUUUCUGUU